AUGUCUUGCUUGAAGCGGCAUUUACGAGUUGAGUGUGGACAAGCACCGAAAUAUCAGUGUAAAAUAUGUCAUGGUGGCGCGGUUCGCUGGAAACUCGCAGUGGUCCAAGUGACGCCAUACCAGUGUCCAAAAUGCUUCAAAUAUUUUAAAUCGUCGAAAUCUUGCUGCAAUCAUCGAAGCACGUGCGGCACAGACAAGAAAUUUCGUUGCGCCUUUUGUGAUUAUCGGUCUCAUCAAAAGGGAAACGUUCUUCGACAUCUUGCCACGCAACAUCCUGAAGCUGGUCAGAAGAAACGAGUCAACUGCGUUCUAAAAACCAAUGAUAAUGACACGACCGGGAACAAAGCUAUCGAGGAGAACGCCGAUCUGCCCGUUCAAGCAUGGAAGAUCCAGGAACAGGGGCUACCAUUCGCCGAGUUGAAGAUACCAAAGGCCUACAACUACGUUGGCAAGAAGCCACCAGGACAAUUUGGCUGUAGUAGAUGCGGAAGAUCGUACAUGAGGAAGGAUUCGUUACAGCGGCACGUUCAUUGGGAAUGCGGCAAGGAACCUCAAUUUCAAUGUCCGUUCUGUCCUCAGCGAUCCGAAGACCUGAGCAUCACUGGACUAAAGUGGGCGGCUGCUUGGCACAGAUGGAGCGUGCCUUCGAUCAUGUGGCGGUCCGGCGGAGGAUUGGGCAAAGGGCUUGGUUCUAGCUCCUCGAAUCCCGAAGGCUUCAAUUGCCCGGCCUGUGGCAGGGUAUACAAGCUGAAGAGUAGCCUGAGAAAUCAUCAGAAGUGGGAGUGUGGCAAAGAGCCUCAAUUCCAGUGUCCUCACUUACCAAGGCUGACGGUGAAGAACAUCGAAAAUCUACGAUAUAAGAGGCGACCGGUGAUUCACAAGUGCACCAGAUGUGGAAAGGGUUAUCAGCUGGAAACUUCGCUACGAAGGCAUCAAAGGCUCGAAUGCGGAGUCGAGCCAAGACAAAGCUGUCAAAUUUGUGGGAAAAAGUUCACUCAUAGGUUCAAGCUAACGCAUCAUUUGGCUUCGUGGCUUUUGGCGACAAUGCUGUUAUCACAGGAUAUAAUACAACAACCGCAGGACAAUAGCGAACCAUUGUGGGUACGUUACCCGGGCAUGCCUUACAACCCGAACAGAAAUCGAAGACGAAAAAAUGGAAAGGAUAGCGGGUCGAAGUACGCUUGCAACAGGUGCGGGAAAACUUACAAGGCCACCACGUCUUUGAGUCGUCACAAACGACUCGAGUGCGGCGUUGUACCUUGCGAAGUUUGCCCGAUAUGCGAUAGAAGAUUCAAGCACAGAUUCGUCUUGAAUUCGCACAUCAUCGGAUGCCGAAGAAGACUGCGACACAUUGUGGACAAAACCGAUGACUCGCCGGUAUUCGCCAAAGAACGGGAGUAG